AUAUACGAGAGGAAGUUGGCUGAAGAUCACACUGGAAACGCAAUGGCCGAAGAAUCCCGCAUCCAACACUCACACUCGCAUCAGAACCAACUAGAAGAAGAGCGCCUCGACGUUCUCACCAAAACCGGUAACAAAACGGGCAUUUCCAAACCCAGAGGUGAAGUUCAUCGAGAUGGCGAUUACCAUCGUGCCGUUCACGUUUGGAUUUUCGCAGAGAGUACACAGCAGUUACUCCUUCAACGCCGUGCUACUUGCAAAGAUUCUUGGCCUGAUCUUUGGGACAUUUCUAGCGCCGGUCACAUCUCCGCUGGUGAUUCUUCUCUUGUCACUGCCAGGAGGGAGCUCGAAGAAGAGUUAGGUGUAACCCUUCCCAAGGAUGCAUUCGAAUUGAUAUUUGUUUUCCUACAAGAGUGUGUCACAAAUGAUGGAAAGUUCAUCAAUAACGAAUAUAAUGAUGUGUAUCUGGUAACGACUAUAGAUCCAAUACCUCUGGAAGCUUUUACACUUCAGGAAACAGAAGUUUCUGAUACUAAAUAUAUCGCUUAUGACGAGUAUAAAAGGUCGCUGGCCAAAGAAGAUUCAGACUAUGUCCCUUACGAUGUUCAUGGACAAUAUGGUCAACUAUUUGAUAUUAUUGAGAAGAGGUACAAAGAGAAUACUGUAGCACGCAGUUUGACUCUACAAAAGCAACUAAGUCGCUAUGCUCCAGUUUCUCUCAAUGUAGAGUUGACAGGGCUUACGGAUUCAGACAAAGAGGCUCUUGUAUUUAUUGUCAAGGCUGCAGCUGUUAUGGAUGAAAUUUUUUACCUGCAGUCAUGGUACAGUAAUCCGGCUCUCAGAGAUUGGUUAAAGGAGCAUGCUGAUACUUCAGAGUUAAAUAAGUUGAAAUGGUCCUAUUAUCAGAUAAACAAGAGCCCAUGGUCUAGCCUUGACGAAGACGAUGCAUUUUUGACAACUGCGGAUUCGGCAAUAAGGAUGCUCUCUAAAGCAACUAGGACAAUUAGAGAGUGGAAGGGUCUGGAAUACAGAGCAGCAUUUCCCAUGCUGAAACCUGCCGGUGCUAAUUUCUAUCCCCCUGACAUGGACAAAAUGGAGUUCAAUAUAUGGAAUGACAGUCUAGGAAAGGAUCAACAGAAAGAGGCAACAAGCUUUUUCACUGUUAUUAAAAGGCACAGUGAAUCUAUUUUAGAUUCUGGUCUGUCCAAUGACAAAGUAGGUUCUUCUGGGGACCUGUAUAUAGUUCCUUAUUCUGAAGAGUACAAGUCUCUUCUAGCCAAAGCUGCUGAUUUAUUGCAUAAAGCUGGGGACAUUAGCAACUCAACAAGUUUGAAGAGGCUGCUGCAUAGCAAGGCUGAUGCUUUUCUUUCAAAUGAUUAUUAUGACUCUGACAUAGCCUGGAUGGAAUUGGACUCUAAGUUGGAUGUCACAAUUGGGCCAUAUGAAACUUAUGAGGAUAAACUUUUUGGAUAUAAGGCUACCUUUGAAGCAUAUAUUGGAAUCAAGGACGAUGAAGCAACAGCUCAAUUGAAACUUUUUGGUGAUAAUCUGCAGCUUCUGGAGCAAAAUCUCCCAAUGGACAAUGCAUACAAAUCAAAAUAUGUGAAUGCCGCACCUAUUCGUGUUAUCCGACUUCUAUAUAAUGCAGGGGAUGUUAAGGGACCGCAAACUCUUGCUUUCAAUCUACCAAAUGAUGAGCGUAUUGUAAAUGACAGAGGAACAUCAAUGGUCAUGCUUAAGAAUGUUUCAGAGGCUAAGUUCAAUCAUAUUCUUCUCCCUAUAGCCGGUGCCUGUGUUGCAAAAGAACAACAAGAACUUGUAGAUUUUGAAUCUUUUUUUACUCAUACGAUUUGCCAUGAAUGCUGCCAUGGAAUUGGACCUCAUACUAUAACACUUCCAAAUGGUCAAAAGUCGACCGUUAGACUGGAAUUACAAGAAUUUCACUCAGCUCUGGAAGAAGCAAAAGCUGAUAUAGUUGGCCUCUGGGCAUUGAGGUUCUUAAUCUCUCAGGACAUUCUUUCCGAAAGUUUAUUGAAGUCCAUGUAUGUUUCUUUUCUUGCUGGAUGCUUCCGCUCAGUACGUUUUGGGUUAGAAGAAGCUCAUGGAAAAGGACAAGCAUUGCAGUUCAACUGGUUAUACGAGAAAGGAGCCUUUGUCUUGCAUUCUGAAGAUACAUUUUCUGUUGAUUUUUCCAAAAUUGAAGGUGCAGUUGAAGGCCUGAGCAGAGAGAUACUCACCAUACAAGCCCAAGGUGAUAAAGAGGCUGCUGGCUUGCUUCUUCAGAAAUACGGUGUGAUGACAGAACCAUUGAAAGUUGCUCUGCAAAAGUUGGAGAAUAUUCAGGUACCUGUUGAUGUGGCUCCUACCUUCCCCAUUGCCGACAAAAUAUUGCAAUGAUAGCAACAUAACCUAGGUGCAAAAUGUUCCAUGCUUGCAACAUCUGUGUCUACCUUGAAGAACUUAAUUAAUCGAUGUCUUUUUGUGCUAGUUGUUACUAGUAAAAAAUGGAAUAUUUGUUUCUCCAUGCUGUUUCUGUUCUCCUUUAAUUGAUUCCGAAUGAAAACAGUCUAUAUAUUGGAGAAUAGUUUGUUACAAUGUCUAUAUAUUUUUCUCAAUUGGCAAAGGUCGAGUUUAAUCAAUACAAAAUUACAAAUUACAAACA